AAGAGGCUGCAGCUCUGGCCAAUAGAGAGAAGGUCCCAGGGCCAUGUGGUCAACCAGGAAGUGAGAGCUGCUCCACAUCAGCUGCAGACUGUGAGGUCACUGAAGGUCACCAUCCAGCGGAGCAGUGAGUGCAGAGAGUUCAGACAGACAGACAGGACCGCUGACAGACAGACAGGUGGACUCCACUGUCACGUCUGUGAGCUCACCUGUCGCUCUCUGCAGGUGUUUCAGGAACACAUGACUGGAUCAGAACACCUGAGGAAACUGAAGGAGAUGACACACGCCAUCCGCCUCAACACACACACACUGCAGGAUAGGGGGCGUCGGCCUGGCGCUCAGCGUUGGUGUGACACCUGUCAGACUCACUUCAGCGAUGACAUCAUCAUCCAUCGACGGACGAAACAACACAAGAUGUGCAAACAGCUGAGUCGUCCGUUCUGUCCGGUUUGUAAACGUCACUUCAGAACGCCGAGGAAGUUCGUGGAGCACAUGAAGUCCUCCGAACACAAGGAGCAGGUGCACCUGGAGGAGGCUCAGGAGGAGGAGCUGAUCACUGUGGACGCCGUCGGCUGCUUCGAGGAGGAGGAAGAGGAGGACGAGGAGGAGGAGGACGAGGUGGAAGAGGAAGAGGAGAAAGAGGAGGAGGAGAAGGAGGUGGAGGUAGCUGAAGAAGAUGUUGAAGGAAAUGAAGAAGCAGACGACAAACCGUCCGUUGAGGUGGCUGACACACAGGAAACAGACUCAGAGGAAUACGAUCCUGAAGCCACAUGUGGAAGUAGUUUUGUGCUUCCUGUUUCUGGUUUCCUGUGUCGACUCUGUAACAAGUUCUUCUACAGAGAGACGACGGCCCGACACACACACUGCAGGACACACACACACUACCUCAACCUGCAGAGACACAGAGCUCAGAGGAGACGUGAGGACGAGGACAGAUCUGCCGUCUCCUGACCUGCUCACACUGUUUCCCAGAAUGCAUCACUGCUGGUGACAUCAUCUGUGUCACAGAGACGGUCCUGUGUCUCCUACAGAGACGAUGAGGACAUUCAACGUGUCCUCAUGUCCUCAUGAGGUUCUCUGUGGACAUCCUGAGGUUUCUCCUCUUCACUGACUCCUGGUGGCUGUUUGGAGGAGCUGCAGCGUCGCCAUUUAAAAUCAAUCGUUUCUGUUGAAGUUCAUCUUCAAUCCUUCGUCAGACGCUGAGAAUCCUAAAGUCAGCAAGACCUGUGUUUGUUUGUUUUUCUUGUUAGAGAAAUCCAAACUGGGACCUUUAAAAAACUGAAUAAAAGUCCUACUUUUUAAAUUUAAUGUUGUAAAUCAAUUUACAGAA